AUGACACGAGGAAAAGGGUCCAAAGAUAGCCAAAGGACACGAGGAAAAGGGUCUAAGGAUAGCUCCAAGAAUACCCGAAGGACACGAGGAAAGUGGUCCAAUGAUAGCUUCAAGAAUACCCGAAGGACACGAGGAAAGGGGUCCAAGGAUAGCUUCAAGAAUACCCUAAGGACACGAGAAAAGGGAUCCAAGAAUAGCUCCAAGGGUACCCAAAGGACACGAGGAAAAGGAUCCAAGGAUAGCUCCAAGGAUACCCAAAAGACACGAGGAUGGGGGCCAAGGAUAGCUCCAAGAAUACCCCAAGGACACGAGGAAAUGGGUCCAAGGGUAGCUCCAAGAAUACCCGAAGGACACGAGAAAAAGGGUCAAAGGAUAGCCAAAGGACACUAGGAAAAGGGUCCAAGAAUACCCGAAGGACACGAGGAAAGGGGUCCAAGGAUAGCUCCAAGAAUUCCCGAAGAACACGAGGAAAGGGGUCCAGGAAUAGCUCCAAGAGUAACCAAAAGACGCGAGGAGAAGGGUCCAAGGAUAGCUCCAAGGAUACCCAAAAGACACGAGGAAAAGGGUGCAAGGAUAGCUCCAAGUAUACCCAAAGGACACGAGGAUGGGGUCCAAGGAUAGCUCCAAGAAUACUCAAAGGACACGAGGGAAAGGGUCCAAGGGUAGCUCCAAGAAUACCCGAAGGACACGAGGAAAGGGGUCCAAGGAUAGCUUCAAGAAUACCCGAAGGACACGAGGAAAGAUGUCCAAGUAUAGCUCC